AUGAAGAGGAACCCUCCGCCUUCAACGCCCACACCCCGUCGGUUCCUGCCGGCCAAGAAGAGGACGGCGACGACGACGCCCGCGCCACAUCCGCAAUUCCAGUCUACGCCACGAUUUGGAUCCUCUUCGGUGCCGCGGCCGACGCAAACGAGGGAGAGCUUGGUUGAGGACGUCGACGAUGACGACGAGGACGAGGACGAUGACGGGUUUACGGAUUCGUCGGCGGCAGCGGCUGGCGAGAGGCGGCGGCUGGAUCAUACGCACGACUCCAUCGAUUUAGAGUCGGAGGGGGCGGGCACGUCGCCGGGUGACGACGGCCGCUCCCCGGAUCGGGGGUCCGACCUCGAGGAGGAGGUGUUGGAGGCGGGAACCGAGGCCGAGGCUGCUGGACUGCUCGACACCGAGGACGCGCCUCUUCACGUGCAGUCGUCGCCGGAGCAAAGGCAGGCCAAGAGGCGCAGGAUUUCCAUUUCUCCAAUUGGAGAGUCGAGUCCACUGCCGAGACACUACGAAGACACGGAACUCGUACCCGCCCCGCGCUUCAAGCCCACCGACGACGACGCAGGCACCGCCGCCGCCGCAGGCAUCCUCCCCGCCGCCUUCUCGCCACAGCGCCGCGGAGAAAAGUACCUCGCCGGCGGGCUCGCGGCCGAGUUGCAGGGGUGGCUGUCCGAGGCCAAGGGCUGGGACGGCGCGGACAAGGCGCUUGACGACGCUACGACGCUGCGGAUCGUGGUGGACGAGGUCCGGCCGGGCCGGCAAAUGAACCUCGUCAGGGGCCGCGCGGGCUCCGACGCCGCCGCGAGGGGCUUCAUCUUGGCUGGGCAGGGGCGGUUGACGGGGCUUGGGGGGACGGCGAGCAGGGCGGCGGUGGAACAGGGGGGCGUGGUGAUGGUUGGACCGCCGGUUUGGGAUACGGAGAUGGAGGGUUGUGUCUGGACGGUUGCGUGUGAUUGGAGAGUGGUUUGA